CCUUAUUUCACAAUCAGCCAGCUCAGCUCCCUGAUUGUGGUACGCCAGUGAGGCGAGGUAGUCGCCCGGUCAACAUGCUUGCGUGUAAAACAGUUCUGGCUGAAUAACAACGCACAACGAAUGGGAAGGGCUGUGGUUCCGAUCGUCCCGAGUUCAUCUUCAUCGCCCGGGCUGGAAUCUGGUUUUUAAACCCAACAUGGCCGCAACCCGCUCCAGUCCUGAGGUACAACUACUAGUAAUAAACCACCCACACCCAUCAUGUCACAAUCACGCGCUGAUACACUUCGAGCGCAUCUCGGUUCUGCCAAUGCCAUUCCCCGCCCCAUUCUCACAUCGCUGAACGGCAACAACUCAUGGCUCAUAUCAUUUCCGGGCCCGGCGUCCAAGCGCGCCCGCCCCGGCAGCAAGCUCUUUUCCCACAUCGUGUCCGACCCCUGGUUGUCCGGACAUGCAGAACUCAUUACCUCCUGGAUGAUGACAAUCAGGACCGAGGAGGCAGCCAUUGGCUCGUCGGCCACCACCGAACAGCCACCGCUCCUCGACGCAAUCUUCCUCAACUUCCACCACGGAAUCCCCGUCUUCGCCACGCCCGAAGCCGCCGCCAUUGUCCAGCGCUGGGGUUACUUCUCCCACGUCACGGAAACACUCGACCUCGACCCGGCCGCGCCGGCCAACACCUGGCCGUCUCUCCACCCGGGCGGCGGCCUGCCCCACAGGCUGAACGUGUUCCGCCUGCAGGGCCACCACGAGCUCAACUUCGCCACGGCCAUCGUCUACUCUUCGUCUCCUCCUGAGGAGGGGAAGAUGAAGAAGCACGAGGCGCUAUUGUGUUCACCGCACGGGAUCAAGACGGACCAGGCGGCUCUGACAACCUUCCUAGAGAACCUAGACGAGCCCGAGUCAAACGACAGCAACGAAGAGACGAGCCGCAUCAGUGUGCUGGUUAUCCUACACGCACUCAAGGACAACUUUUCCUUCGGCAUGCGCUUCAUGCUGGGCGUGGCCGGCGGGCUGGCGCUGGAGCGGCUCGCGCGGCCCCGCUACUGGGUUAAGUCGCACGAGGCCCCGCUGGCCUACACGCGGAUCGUGCCGUUCUUGGCGCGGGUGAACGAUGUGCCGCGGACGCUGCAGUCUGGCCUAGAUGGGGAGAAGGUCAACGGUGGUGGUGGUGGUGGUGGUGGUGAGAUUGAAGAUCGGGAGGGUAGGAAGGUGGUCGAUGUGCCGAACGGGGCUUGUUUUGUUUUGGGGUUAAGUUAUGGCGGUCUGUAG